AUGUUACGUCUAAUCUCGAAAUUUUUACUCAGCUUGAAUACGCACACCAAGGGUGGAAAAUCUGGAAGUUACCUUUAUUCUCAUUCAACCCUCUCGACGAGUGUAGAUUUAUUCUUUUGCCAACUGUUAAAAUUCACAACGUUAGAUAUGCCAAAACAAUGGCAAAUGUUUCUUCUGAAACAAUUUGCUGUCUUCGCCAAGACAGAAAAUAUUCGACAAUAUGAAGAAGAAACAAUUUCCGAAUGCUCUUAUUCAUGUUCAAGUGACAAUGAAAAAUAUCCUCGUUGCAAUAUCAUAAGCGAACAUAAUUUAACACCUUUUAUUCGAGUUCCUGUAGUGUGA